UAAAUGAGAACUUUAAAUGUCUUUCUACUGCUCAAUUUGUUGAGCUGCUGUUUUAAUUCUGCAUAGAGACGCGUUUUAAAGGGUAACCUCCGUUCCGGGCGGCCGUGGACAGUCGGGGCCAAUCGCUGACGCCGUCUGGGAGAGAGAGCGAAGCAUCGUCGAGGGGCUCUGAGCGAUGGUGGGAGAGCGACUUUCUGAUGAGCUGCCUUUUGCGUGUAGAGGUCGCAGAGAAGAAAUCUCCCCUUCUGAGCUCCUCCAGCCUCCGUGUAGCUCACUUCCACCACAGCUGCGCCUUUUUUUGUCACUGAUUAAACACGGAAAGAACAUGACUGAAAACAUCUGGGCGCGACAGACUUCAGAGGAAAGGCUUUCCCUCGUUCCGAGGUCGUUUUUGCCUUUUGUAUUUCCUUGAUAAAUUCUCGUGGACAUUUUGGAUCUUCUUUAAUGUUCCGUGAUAUUGUUCGGAUCGGAUACGGAGGAUUUUUGCUCCGGUUUUUUGGCUGUCCCGAGUCACUGGGAAGCUAAGACUUUGAAGUGUUUGGAAACAGCUGGAGACGUUAAGGAACUUGAGGGCUUGCGGGGGAGAAAUGUGCGCACUGGGCCACCUUCGAGCAGCUCUUUAAGUGGGCAGCCUUAGCUAACGGCUAACCUAGCCAAACUCCCAUUUUAACCAACAAACCGACUCUGUGAGGAUAGCAAAUGCUUUCGUCCUGAAAACAUUAUUUGUAUAACUUCACAUUUUUCUCCACUAACUGGACAUCAGUUCAUGCCCCACGGAGUCGACGUGAAUUGAGUCCCUGAGGAUGUCAAAGCGGAGCUUGUUUGUGCGGCUAGUGCCGUGUCGCUGCCUGCGGGGUGAGGAGGAGGCGGUGACAUCGCUGGACUACUCCCACUGCAGCCUGGAGACUGUUCCUAAGGAGAUCUUUAGCUUUGAGAAGACCCUGCAGGAACUUUACCUCGAUGCCAACCAGAUCGAGGAGCUGCCUAAACAACUGUUUAACUGCCAGUUACUCAACCGGCUGAGCAUGCCAGAUAAUGACCUAACGGUGUUGCCAGCAGCGAUCGCCAACCUCGUCAACCUCAGAGAGCUUGAUGUCAGCAAAAACAGUAUCCAGGAGUUUCCAGAAAACAUCAAGAACUGCAAAGUCCUGACUGUUGUGGAAGCCAGCGUGAAUCCCAUAUCCAAACUCCCAGAGGGCUUCACACAGCUCUUAAAUCUGACGCAGCUCUACGUGAACGAUGCCUUCCUGGAGUUCUUACCAGCCACCUUCGGCAGGUUGACAAAGCUACAGAUUCUGGAGCUAAGGGAAAACCAGUUAAAGAUGCUGCCAAACAGCAUGCAGAAGCUCACACAGCUGGAGAGGCUGGACCUGGGGAGUAAUGAGUUUGUUGAAGUGCCUGAGGUGUUGGAGCACCUGACUGGACUCAAGGAGUUGUGGAUGGACGGGAACAAACUUUCGUUUCUGCCUGGGAUGCUGGGGACACUCAAACAGCUGGUCUACCUGGAUGUGUCAAAGAACAACCUGGACAUGAUUGAUGAAAAGAUCUCCGACUGUGAGAAUCUGCAGGACCUCCUGCUCUCAAACAACGCUCUGACUCAGCUGCCCGGCUCCAUCGGCUCCUUAAAGAAACUGAGCACGCUGAAAGUGGAUGAAAACCAGCUGAUGUAUUUACCAGACUCCAUUGGAGGACUGACGUCAAUCGAAGAGCUGGACUUCAGCUUCAAUGAAAUCGAAGCCUUGCCGUCCUCCAUCGGUCAGUGCACCGGCAUUCGUACUUUUGCUGCAGAUCACAACUUCCUCACCCAGCUUCCCCCGGAGCUGGGUAAGUGGAAGAAUGCCACCGUGCUGUUUCUGCAUUCCAACAAGCUGGAGACUCUGCCUGAGGAGAUGGGAGACAUGCAGAGGCUGAAAGUUAUCAAUCUGAGCAACAACAAGUUGAAGAAUCUUCCUUACAGUUUCACCAAACUCAAUGAGAUGACUGCAAUGUGGCUGUCUGAAAACCAGUCCAAGCCGCUGAUCCCACUCCAGAAAGAGGAGGAUCCAGAGACUUCCAAGGUGGUUCUAACCAACUACAUGUUCCCUCAGCAGACCAGGGCCGAGGACUUCAUUCCUCGCUCCGACUCUGAAAGUUUCAAUCCAGCUCUUUGGGAGGAGCAGCGGAAGCAGCGAGCUCAGGUGGCCUUCGAUUGUGACGAGGACAAGGAUGAGAGGGAAACGCCCCCAAAGGAGGGAAACCUGAAACGUUACCCAACCCCUUACCCGGACGAGCUGAAGAACAUGGUGAAGACGGCUCAGUCGGUGGCUAACAGGCUCAAGGACGAUGAAACGAGCGACGAGUCAGGAAAAGAGUCCAAACCCGAGAGGAACCACAUUGGAGUGCAGGAUGUUGGACUUAAGGUGAUAGAGGCUCCCUUUCCCAACGGCGUGCCGUCUGGCAUCGAGCCUCCGGUGUCCUCCAACACAGGUGCCCAGACUCACUCUGUAGCUGCAUCAAAAGACACCUCUGAGUCUUUCAGCUCUCAGAAAAUUCCACUCAGAUCUUCAGAAGCUUCCAUGAUGAACCACGAGGACACUCUAGAGGACCCCGAGGAGCUCUCAGAUGAAGAGGAGAUGAAGAUAGCAGAGAUGAGGCCACCUCUUAUUGAGAUCUCUAUCAAUCAGCCUAAAGUAGUGACUUUAAGUAAGGAUAAAAAAGAUGAUGGGAAGGAUGCUGACUCUUUGCUGGAUGACACGGUUGCUAACAGCAACCAGAACAACAGUAACUGUUCAUCACCGUCGCGCAUGUCCGACUCUGUGUCUCUGACCACCGACAGCAGUCAGGACAACUCUUUGUGCACACCUGAGAGAGAGGCCAAGAUUCCUUUCCUUCCCAAAAGCCGGCAGGAGGACGAGAACAUGAACCAGCCUAAAGACACCAGCCCCCUCCUCCAUAAUGGUAACGGCUCUGAAACGUCUCUCCAGGCCCUUUUGAAAAGCCAGCAGACGCCUCCGGACUACGACCUGUCCAUGGAAGCCAAGCUGGCUUUCAUCGAGAAAGGCCUGAACAACGGGAUGGGGGACCCCUACACCAAGUGGGACCAGAUCAACAUGAAUGUGACCAAGCUGCCCGCUUAUAACGCAGUUCAGGUGGACGGCACUCGGGAGGGUUUAAACACCAAGCAGGGUCACGGCAACGACAACACUGAUCACUUCCAGAAUGGGAAUCAGCAGGAAGGCGUGGGAGAAGAGCCGUCAGCUGUGUACGCUGCUUCGCCAGGCAUGAGCGGCAGCAGCGACAUGUCUCUGUCUCGCAGCACCGAGGAGCUGUCUCCAGAAAAAAGGUCUCAUCCGUCACAGGUCACGAAAGCUCACAGCGUUGGCAACAUGGAGACGGGGGGCAUGAAGCUGUACUCGUUUGACGGGGAUGAUGAUUCUUACGAAGCGGCGUCAAAGACUAGAAUGACGGGGGCUGGACCGGGCCCAGGUGCUCAGGGUCAGAUCAUCGUUAGAUGCAAGUCAGCAGGUCAGCUACUCAGUGAGCAGAACCUCCUGGUCUACCCGGGAUCCUUUACCUCCUCCUCAGAGUUGCCGUCUUCCUCUAAGCCCGGUGCAGGCACAAGCAGAUAUCCAGCCUCCACCGGCGUGGGAGGACCCCCCCCUCAGUACAACAUCCAGUACACAAGCGGCAGUGCCGUGCCUAAAGAUGCCCUCUGGGCCCAGAGGACCGGCGCUCCACCAGAGCACCAAGGCUACCUCCUUCCUCAUCCACACUCCCUCGCCAACACCAACUACUCCAACCGUAAUCAGGCGCCUCCUUAUCCUCUGCAGCCCCAGCCAAGGGCUGCUGCCAUGCCUCCCAAAACGGACUGGGCCAUGGAGAGACUUCAUUCCACAGGCGGGCAAACAAGAAGUAGCACUCUGCAGCGGCAAAGCAGCAGCUCCUCCUCGGUGACCACGAGCGACACGCGGCGCAUCCAGUUACCUGAGGGGGAGUACAUGACAUACCGGGACAUUCACACGCUUGCCAGGGGGCCGCUGGCGAUGAGCCAGGCUGCACAGAGGCCCCUCUCUGCUCGCACUUACAGCAUCGACGUGCCUGGAGCUUCCAGGCCUGUCGGAACCAGGCCACAGCCCCAUGAGCUUCCAGAACGGACCAUGUCUGUCAGUGAUUUCAACUACCAGCACAGCAGCCCCGGCAAGCGGCCCAAUGCAAGGUUCAAGUCUGAGCACUCUCUUCUGGACGGGCCAGGACCUGUACCGGGAGGGGGCGGGUCUGGGAGGGUGCCGGCUGACUGGAGAGACCAGGUGUUGCGGCACAUCGAGGCCAAGAAAAUGGAAAAGAAUGCGCUCUCUCGCUCCUAUCAUUUCAAUACUUCCCCACUGGGCUGGUCCCACUACGGCAGCUGUAAGGAUAUGCAUGCCAGCCAAGGGGCCCUGGGGUUUAGUGGCAGGGACGGACGGCCCUACGGAGCCCUGAGCUUCUGCGAUGAUGUUUUUGUUCCCCAAGGGCCACCCAGCUACACCAUGGACCCCCACAGAAAAGUGCCUUUGAUGAAUGGUCAGAUGGGUCCUUCUGUUCGUCCUCAGAUGAGCCAGGCGUCUAUGGCUCGCCACCCUUCCAGAGAGCAGCUCAUCGACUAUCUGAUGCUCAAAGUCUCCCAGCAGCCCGUCGGGCCUCCUCGCCCUCCUCAGAAAGAGAUCCAUGUGACGGUAGAGAAGAAUCCAGAGCUAGGUUUCAGCAUAUCGGGAGGAGUUGGGGGCCGGGGAAACCCCUUCCGCCCCGAUGAUAAUGGUAUAUUUGUGACGAGGGUUCAGCAAGAAGGACCGGCAUCCAAGAUUCUUCAGCCUGGAGAUAAAAUAAUUCAGGCAAACGGCUACAGCUUUGUGAAUAUUGAUCAUGCUUAUGCAGUCUCUCUGCUGAAGACAUUUCCAGCCACUGUGGAUUUAAUUAUCAUAAGAGAAGUGCAGGCGUAGGCUCUGCUGGACGAGUGAGCACAUGAAAGGAGAACAAAGAUGGAUGUAAACCCAUAUUUUUGUACUGAUCUGCAGACACCUUUUGGGACUAUUUAUAGCUUGGCUCUUCAGAGGUCUGCGUCACCUCGAUGAAACGGGGAAACCACUGAAUGUAGUGGAUCUCAUGUGAAGCAGCAGCAAACACGUGCAAGUACAUGUCGUCAAAGGCCAUCACUGUGGUAUAUAUCUAUUUUUAUACGAAGAACCUAAAAAUGUGCUUUGAUGAGAAUACUGUGGUCUCUGUAAAGACUUUUUAAUUCUUUUCGUUUUCAACUGAACCACUGAUCAACAGUAAGGUUUUUGCUAAUGGACAUAAAGGUGGCCACUAGGGGGCAGGGCGCCCUCACUUCCUCUCCUUUGUCAUCCACUUUGCUUCUUCAUUUUGGGAUUUUUUAUUUAAUUUUUUUAUUAUUCAAAUAAUUUUUUUCUCUGCUGCCGGGCAACUUUAUCAGCCGAACUGCGGUACGUGUUUCUCAUUGGGGAGGUGAAUGUCGAUCAGGGCGGUGUUUGUUUUGGUUUUUAUCACGAGGAAAUCAUCUAGUGCUGCUUCCAUCAACCUGUGAAGAUCCACCGGCUCACAACGCCCAAGUCCAGCUGCAAUGCAGUCGGGAAAUGUAUCACGGCUUCUCAGACGGCGACGAAAUGCAUUCGGCAUGUUACAAGGCAGGAAAGUCGAACGGAAAUUUGUAUAUUUCUGAAAAAUGAGUCAGUUUUUUUACCAAGUAAAACUGAGAGCAAUAAGCCAAUAAUUUUCAGCAGAACUCCAGAUAAAAAAACGCUCAUUUAAAAAUAAAACCUUUUAUCUGUUGUAAGAAGAAAAAAGUGGUGGUUGUGCUGUUGAACCAAAGUAAGCAUUAAAAAUCAAACCUGCGGCAAAAACAGAGAAUCCAAGGAAAGUCGUUUGUAUAAUCCAUCUGUGUGAUUUUGAAUGGUUGUCAGCAUCUAGUGUUUUUAACAGAAAACCACAGGUUGCCUUUGUACGUUUAAGUUGUUUUCUUUGUUUAUCCAUCGCUGGUGCAGUCCGUUUUACUUUUCCCUUCAGUGCACAGAGAACAAAGGUGGGAGACACAAAUUGUCAAGUGCCAUAAGACCUUGAACUAUUUGAACAGAGCGGGGGAGGACAUUUGGACCCCAGAAUCAGAGCAAUACUCACAUUCACCACCGUUUCAGUACAUUUGCAGCGUUACGGCUUCAGAGCAAUACUUAAAGCCUUUAUUCUCAGUUACAGAACAUCCUUUUUAAAACUGAAUCCAGUCUUUUAGUACUUGAUGAUUUUACAUGGUUUUAUAUUGAGAAACGAAUCAUUUUUUGUAAUUAAAUAGCACAGGAGUAAAUAUGUAUGCUAUGUAUGUUUAAAAAAGCCACUCAGCAUUGUGUAAAAGUGAAUAUUUUAUUGCUUUGCGUGGGACGUUUUACUGUCUCUUGUGUAGAGUACUGGAUCUGUCGCUGUUCAUAGGUGUUCAGUCGUUUUAUACUUGUGUGUGUGUGUGUGUGGGUGGGAGGGGGAGGGGGAGGGGGGCCCAGUGGAAGAGGCAUUCCCCAGACAUUUGAAGAUUUUUAUUUUACUCUGACUGCUGCAGCAAUGGGACGUGUUUCCAGAAUUAGUGGAAAUGAAAGAAGUCACAAAAACAUGGUUCCUGAAAUUCCAGCUAUUUGACCUUUUUUUUUGCCGUAAUUUUACAGUUUUAUGGUUUUAACAAAAGGUGUUAAUUCCACUUGUCGGCAGCCUAUUCAUUUCUGUUUAGAAGAAAAUGACGCCCUGUGCUUUCCCUAAAUCACGUGUUGUAUUCUACGCAGAUGAAAUGAUUGUUUUUACUUUUAAAUGUGAUUCAUUUUGACUUAAAGAGGGAGAUAAAUUAUGGGGAUUAUCGUCACUUUAUAAUCUUGGCAAAAGUAUAGAAAAUGUCAAUCUAGGGAGAUUAAAAAAGCUGUUUUCACAAUUUCUUUUGUGUUUAAGUUCCCACAAUGUUUAUAUUUAUUAAGCAGACUUUUGAGGAUUUCAGACCUAACUAAUCAAUUUGUAAAUAGUUUUAAAUGAAAACUUUGAGAAGAGGUAACAGCAUUUGUGACUCACGAUUGUAAAACCAGCAAUAAAUGAAAAUACAGAGGCACCCGUUUAAAUGUAUAGUUACGUCUAAGGUUUCUCCGGAAACGGUCACAGUGCAUCAAUGGUUGACGAACAUUGAUCCAACAUUCCAGAUUUUGUACAUAAUCACCUGUUUCAGAUGUCACCUGUGGGAAAUAAACUAAUGCUGUUUAACAGUGA